AUGAAUAAGUGUCUUCUUCUAGUAUCUGUCCUUGCGACCGUCAGUAUAGUUAAUUGUAGUUUAGGUGUCUCAUAUUCGAUACCGACUAUAUCCCAAGUGAGUUCGGCCAUUGGAAAUGGUAUCAAAUCGUUGUCGACAGCGAUCGCGAACAUAAAGAUAGAUCCAACUGCGGAUGCAACUGGAGCGGUAACUGCUAUGCAGUUGAUAGGAACCGAUUUGACAACCCCACUUACCACACUGUUUACCGCGAUUCAAACUGCGGUAUCUGCUACUUGUUGUGAUCCAAGUACUGUGAUUAACACUGUGCUAACAGCCAUAACGAAUGCAGGAACAGCUAUCAACACCGCAACAACAGAUGCUAGUGCUUUGCAAAAUGUGGUCAAGACUACCAGCUUCACAACUCUAUCUAGUGCCUUGCAGACUAUGUCAGAUGCAAUUCAGGAUAUGAGUACUGCUUUUACUAACCUGCAAACCCUGAUGGUACAAGUUGCCGCUGCAAGUCCUCCGUAUACAACAUCGACCGUAACAAAAAUUAUUACCUCGACAGUUGCGGCUACAGUUGCUGCACCAAUAAAUACUCUAGUCAGUGGAAUAGCAUCAACAAGUGCUAUAAUCACUUCCAUCAGUGCUGAUGUAAGAAACACAGUAUCUAUUACUACCAAAACAAAUACAGCAAUCAACGCAGGAGUAUCUGCAUUGACGCAACCAUAUAUAUCCUUUACUAAUAAUGUAAACGCUGCAACAACAUCGAUUACCAAUAGCGCGGCUAAUUCUAUUGCCAGCAUCAGGGCUUCGUACAACUCUAUUCUAGCUAAGUCAGCUAACUACAAUAACGGAGUUAUGGACCCUCUGACCACUUUUUUAUCUGGUUUUACAACUCUUAGUACGAAUAUACUUUCUGCAAUUUCAACAGCGGCAUCGAACGCUUUAAAUACUAUACAAACCACUUUACUAGCACAGGAAGCGAUCAUCACCCCGGCAGUUGUUACGGCGGCUGCUACCAUCACUUCGACCUUCUUAACAAGUACAAGUAAAUUUGCCUCGACGUGUUUGUCUAAGUACUCUGCACAGCUACAGGGAUCUAGCGUUUCGAUGCAACGCUUUGCAUCCUGCGUGUCUUCCGAAAGCAGUUCAACUUUGACGGCCACGGUGUCACAGGAGUUCAACGCUAUAUCUGCCGCCAUGAGUGCACCAGCCUUAAAACUGAACCUUUGCUCGAUCACGAACGGGCAAUGUAGCUCGACGCCACGAACCUGUAUUCUGUUUGAUAAACUUAAAGAAAAUAAGUCAUAA